AUGGAUAAUAAAGUACAACGUAGGGAUCGUUGUUAUCACUCCAUGCUUUGGAUAUUUGAUGAAAUAAGAAAAUUUAUGAGAUCUAAUUCGAAUAAUAUUAAUCUUUUGGAUGUUCUUAAUAAAUUUCAUUAUGUAGAAGAACGUAUUAUUGAAGAUAUAAAUAGGACAAGUGAUGAAAAUAAAUAUUUAUGCCGUUCCUAUUUUAUUUAUCAUGAUUUGGAAGAGUGGAAAAAUGUGAAAUAUUUGAAUGAUUAUAUAAAAAACUAUGAAAAAAUUAAACAAAAUGUAAUUUCUUCUACGACUAAUUGCGAAAAGUAUAGAAAAUACUUUGAAUUUAUUAAAAUAUUAUACGAAAGGCAUAAAGAGGAAUGUUGUGAAUAUUGGAACACAGAAUGCCAUAAAUAUUUUAGUUGUGACCCAUUUUAUGAUCCAAAUAAUCUCUUGCCUGCAUUAGAAAAUUGUAAAAAUGUAAAAUUCAAUCUAAUAUCAAGCGCAGAAGUUAAAUCUUUGUCUAAGGAUUCCACAAAACCAUUUAACAUGGAAGUUAAGAAUGUAAGAUGUGUUGCCUACAAGUAUGAAGAUUAUGGAUUUCUCUCUUGUUUUGACUCACCAUUAACCCAUAAUGUUACAAUUAAAGGAAUACCAAAAAAAUUAUAUCCAAUUAAGAAAGAUGAGGGAAAAAAGAAUAAUCAGAUGAGGACAACAGAUGUUAUCAUGGGAAUGCAAAACUCAAUGUGCAAUAUUACUCGUAAAGAAAAUAAUAUUGUAGAAUUGAGUUGCAGGAAGAUUUCUUCUAAUGAAAGUGUUAAUAAAGUUGAUGGUCAAAUAAGAGAAUUGAAUAAAAUGCCUAAAGAUGUGCACACAGGAGUGAAAAUAAAUAAUCCCGAUGAAACAUUAAUAUGGAAAGGAUUAAAACAUUCUAAAGAAGAAGCUUGCACUACUGAUUUAUUAGGAUUCUGUGUUGACCCCAAAAUUAUAAAUAAAAAUAAUGCUAGGGAAGAAAAAUAA